CAAACCGCUUUACUUCCGGUCUGGUUGCCUCUCUCUCUCUCUCUCCAGCGGGUUUGACGCAGACCCGAGAAGUCGCCGCACCGCCCCUGCCGCUCCAGCUGUUCCCACCGCUGUCCGCCUGCUGUCUCCCCGCUGCUCGCUGCUGCUGCCUGCCCCCAUUUCCAAUGCAGCAACGACCAUGACAGGCAUCGCCGCUGCUUCUUUCUUCUCCAACGCGUGCAGGUUCGGGGGCUGCGGACUUCACUUCGACUCGCUGGCCGAGCUCAUCGUGCACAUCGAGGAUAACCACAUCGACACAGACCCCCGACUUCUGGAGAAGCAGGAGCAGCAGCAGCCGACAUAUGUUGCCCUCAGCUACAUCAACAGGUUCAUGACAGACGCUGCGCGGCGAGAACAUGAGACUCUGAAGAAGAAGGUGCAGCCCAAGUUGUCUCUGUCUCUGACAGGCAGUCUGUCCCGCAGCAGUGUUUCCACUCCGCCUCGCCACACCAGUGGAAACCUCACCCCUCCAGUCACCCCACCCAUCACCCCUUCCUCUUCCUUCCGCAGCAGUACGCCUACAGGUAGUGAAUGUGAUGAGGAGGAGGUAGACUUUGAGGAGUCUGACAGUGAUGAGUCGUGGACCACAGAGAGCGCCAUCAGCUCCGAGUCCAUCCUCAGUUCCAUGUGCAUGAACGGAGGAGACGAGAAGCCUUUCGCUUGCCCCGUGCCAGGCUGUAAAAAGAGAUACAAGAAUGUGAACGGGAUCAAGUAUCAUGCCAAGAACGGCCACCGAACCCAGAUUAGGGUGCGAAAACCCUUCAAGUGCCGGUGUGGGAAGAGCUACAAAACGUCUCAGGGUCUCCGCCACCACACCAUCAACUUUCACCCACCCGUCUCUACUGACAUCAUCCGCAAGAUGCAGCAGUAGAGACCGAGUGAGCGACCAGCGCUCUCCCUCAGGCCACUUCCCAACCAUCUGAACACCACCAUCACCAGCAAUGGCUGUUUCUCAUUCCACCAGUUUACCCCCCCCCCCCUUAAACCCCUGCCUCUUCUCUUUCUCUCCCACUCUUAUCCCACUUUGCUAUGACACUAUUUUUGAUUGCAUGGUAUAAAUGUGUUAUUAUUAUUCAUCCUUAACUUUGAAUGUUGAAAUUGUAUGUAGUUCACAGUUUUGUAUUUUGCACAUUUAUGCUAUCAUUGAUCUAGUUGACUUUUUUUCCCUGACAUAUGGUGCUUGUUGGUGAUGAGGGCUUGUUGUAGACUAAAGCCCGGCCACACCGCAUCACGAGUAGCCUUGCAUGUACAGUAACCUGCUUAUAAGGCAGUGUGACGUCAGAAAAAACAGGAAGGAUUUUGGGGCUUUCUUUUUUUUUAGAGAAAAGAGGCGCCAUUACCUUGCCUCUGUCUCAUUUGAACCUUAUAUGACAGAGGCAAUUAAAUGAAAACAAUCAGAAUGUGUGCGAUAUAACACGUUUCAUUCUCUAUCAGAUUUAUUGUUAAUAAUCAGGUGUUUGACUAACGUUCAUAUCACAAGUUCCAAACCUCUGUUUUCACUGCAAACACUUGUGUGUGAGCACCAAAGGCUGAUCUCAGGUGACGCUUGUAAGCAUUUCAGCACCACAGUACUGCCACGUGUUCUGAUAGUAUUUCUGUUGUGCAGUGGGAUCAUGGGAACUGACCGUUAUCGUUGCCUAAUGUUCGCGUUCACGUUCCCGAAGACUGACGCAGUUUUCCUUGCUGUUUUACAGUGAAGAAUUGAAGCACUUUUUAUAACAAGUUUCCAAUAAAUUAGCAUUUUUGUUGCCAAUAUCUCGUUUCUGGUGUAUGUACAUUAGCUACCAAAAUGAGGCAAAAGGCCUUCAGAGCUGAAAUGUGCAACUUCUACAUUGCUCCAAGGGAUGAUGUGUACCAAACCUCCAGUGUUUCCAGUAUUGUGAGAUUUCUGUAUCUACUGUAGUUGCCUUGAAUUGUAAACCAUUCCAAUCAGUACAGAUCUUUGUAUGGCUUUAUUUUGAUCAUUCAGACAAAUCCAGCUAAGUGCAGACAUUACACAGACAGCUCAGCCCAAAAUGUUCGCUAUUUACCGACUCCCGGUCUUAUGAACUUAUAUGAUUGUGUUUGUCAUGGAUAGAGUAGUUGGUGCCACGGCUAGCCAUGCAUUUAGCACAUUUAUGUUGGAUGAAAAACAUGCAGUUUCUAUAGUGUGCCAUAAAACUAUUAAGUCAAUAUAAAGUCAGUUGAUGGGAUGUAGAAUGCCAUUUAAUCCUUGAAAUAACGAACCGCAGAUUAUUAAAUGCAACAAGAUUGUGGAUUUAUCAAUUUUGAGCCAUUGGGCAACAUCUUCACUGCAUGAAUGUCAGUGUUAAUGAACUACGGUCCAUUUGAGAAUUAACAGUAUUGUACUGCCAGUAUGGAGGAAAGACUUUGAUAUAGUGUACAGUGAAUGUAUUGUUGUGUUAAGUGCAUUAAAUUAUAUUUUCAUAUUGUGUAUGAAAAGGCAACACCAGAGGUUGUCGGGAGAAAUAAUGGUGUGCUGUAUUUCUUCAAAAAGCUGCUUCAUGUAAACUUUUGUUACAUUUAGAAUAAAAAUUCCUCUGAUGUGUGCCU